AUGAUUAUUACAGGUGAUGAUUUGAAUGGGAUAGUUCGUCUAAAAGAAAAGUUACACCAACAGUUUGAGAUGAAAGAUUUAGGUCAGUUGCGAUAUUUUCUUGGCAUCAAGGUUGCUUCAUCUCCAAAAGGUUAUCUUCUUUCACAAUCUAAGUAUGUUAGUGAUAUUCUUAAAAAGGCUCGCAUUUUUGAUACUGAUCCAGUUGACACACCCCUUGAGAUGAAUGCUAGAUAUACUAAUACAGAUGGUGUUUUCUUGGAUGACCCCACGUUAUAUAGAAUCAUUGUUGGCAGCCUAGUUUACCUCACUAUUACGCGACCUGAUAUUGCAUAUACAGUUCAUAUUGUUAGUAAGUUUAUUUCUUCACCUACUACUGUACAUUGGGAAGCUGCUAUGUGUAUUUUGAGAUAUCUCCAGGGAACUCAGUAUCAGAGUUUGUUAUUCCCUUCAUCUUCUUCGUCCAGUUUUACACUUGGAGGUUUUUCUGAUGCUGGGUGGGCAGGUGAUCAUAGUGAUCGCAAGUCUACCACUGGUUAUUGUAUAUUUCUUGGUGAUUCUUUAAUUUCAUGGAGGAGUAAAAAGCAGUCCACUCCUGCUCGAUCGUCAUCUGAAUCCGAGUACCGCGCAAUGGCAGAUGCUACCGCUGAGAUUAUUUGGCUCUGUUGGUUGAUUGAAGAUAUGGGUGUAGCUAUAUAUGAUCCAACACCUUUGUAUUGCAACAAUACAAGUGCGAUACAUAUUUCCCAUAAUUCCGUGUACCACGAAAGAACUAAGCACAUCGAAGUCGACUGUCACUUUAUUCGUCGUCACUUGGUGCAUGGUACUGUAACAUUUCCGUGGAAGCCAUCGAAGAUGCAGAUUGCUGAUUUCUUUACGAAGUCCCCGUCUACUCCCCGGUUUCGAUUUCUUCUUGACAAACUCUCGAUGAUUAAUGCAGUUCAAUCAAUAUCGUGA